AUGGCGUCUUCUUCCUCGUCGGCACCGCUCGAGAGCGCCGACACGGUGGCGACCAGAACGGCGCACGUCCAGUCCCUGCUCGACCGGCUCCUGCAAAACUCGCCCAUUUACGGCUUCACCCUCUCGGAAAUCAAGCUCGAGUCGGUGAGCAGGGGGUUCGUCACGACGGCCCUGACGCUCACGGAGACGCACGUGAACAGCAAAGGCUCCCUGCACGGAGCCGUGUCGGCAACCAUCAUCGACUUCACCACGGGCCUGGCGAUUGCGUCCUGGGAUCUGCGGCCCAGCACGGGCGCCAGCGUUGACAUGCACAUCAGCUACCUCAGCACGGCCAAAGCGGGCGACACCAUCCGGAUCGAGACAACGGCCGAGAGAGUGGGCGGAAGCUUGGCCUUUGUCUCCAUCAAGAUUCUGAAGGGCGACGACAUCGUGACGAUCGGUCAGCAUUCCAAGUUUGUACGGGGUACGGCGCCCGUGGUGCCUCUGAAGAACUAG